AUGGCUUUGUCUGCUGAUCUCGUUGCGGACAUCUCGUUCAAGCUGCAACAGGUGCAAGAAGGCGAUCGACUUGUAAAGACGGUGCAUGCGGCUAUCAGCCAGCUUGAGUCGCAGGGCCACGUCUACACGAUGCAGCUUCAACCGACCAUGGUCGGGAUCAGUUCCCAGAACCGCGACGGGAGCGGGAUUAAUCCCGUAGAUGUCCACGAUCUUCUGGGCGACAUAGUUCAAGCCGGCUGGCUUGAUGCCAGGGUCCAGGCCAUCGCCCAUGAGCCAACUGGGCAAGAGGACAUCGAUUGGAAUGUCCGUCUCUUCCAAAGCAUGCAUGAUCGCUGUGGGCCCCUGGAGCCCACGAUGAUCAAAGCACUCUCCCUGGCAGGGUCACACACAAACUCGGUCUUGCGGUGCUUCCACUAUGAGGUCAUGCAUGAAGGAGACGAGACCGUGUGUCAUGAUGGAAGACUCAGCAUGGAGCUGCUUCGGAAGCACGAUCCGGACUUCGCGAGGGCGGUUCGCGAAGGAGUCGUUUGGAAGAUCUUGUCAAAGCACGUCGCUGCCCAGCUGCCGCAGCUGUUGGGACUUGUCCAAAGGAUGGGAAACGCCACACUUCACCGUGGCGAACACGAGCUCCAACUGAUGAGACGGCUGCAUCAGACUUGGGUCCAGAUGAGCUCUCAGGGUUCUGUGGACUUCCUGGCACUGAAGAGCAAAGUCACCACGGGGAAGUCCGUGCAUGGCAAGUCCAUGCCGCAUCUUUACAGUUUCGUGUUGAAGACUGCGGGUGGCACAGAUCCGUUCUUGCUCAACGAGACUGAAACCUUCGUUAGGUUGCAUUCCCCCAGCACACGUUCAUUGGGACCUGGUUUCUGGGAGAAGGUCAGUGCCGAUGUCAAAGGUUCCAACCAAUUCCCACGGUUCCGGCAUGCCAUGGUGAAGCUUGCAUACUGCAAAGAAGCUGUGGGGUCUGCCGAGUGCAAGAAGAUGUUGCACAAGGAUUCAACGGCCUCUGUCAAGGAGGCAGACACCAUCAUGAGCACGUGGCGAAAGCUUGUGACGGCCCUGCCGGAUGGUGCAGAGCUUCUCAUGAAACCCGAAGUGCAGACCUGCUUGUCCUAUGGGGACAUGUCCUUGGCUGCCUUCACCCUGAAUGUGAUGUUGCCCGGUGAAGACUUGAAGAAAUAUAAGACAAGCCAAUCCCUCGCCCAUGACCUCGUCCUGAUUUUGGAAGGCAUCCUCAAAACAGACCUGAAUGGGCCCUGGGCGGCACACAAGGUCGCAGAUUCGGGUGAGGCAUCGGGUUCCAAACAGGUGGGAGCACCCAUGGCCAUCAUGAGGGAGCUGAGCUCCGACGGCUCGGCGGAUCAGGAAACUGGCCAGGUGACGGCGAUCGAGCUUGGCCGUGUCAAGCUGAAGCAGCCCUCGGGGUCCGUAGUGCGGGUGUCGAUCGACAGCUUUCUCGCAGGCCACUGGCAGGUCUACACACCCAAGCCGGAACCCCAGACGGUGGAUGACUUGUCAGUGUAUUCGCCUUUGAACUUCCCCGAAUACGAGCGACAGAUGCUGUUGGCAUGCUUGUACAUGGACAUGCAUGAGCUCAUGCAAAAGCACGACACGAAUCCCAUGCUGCAGAAGCUCAGGGUCACUUUGAAGCCUCGUAAGUCAGUCCAAGCCACGGCAUUCAUCCCGAAAAACAAGCUCAUCAUGGUCCCCAUGGGUUUGACGAUCAAGCACGGUCAGAAGAAGCCCGAGGAUGCGAUUUUCGAUAUCAUCACCCCCAUGAGUGACUACUUCUUCUGGAUUGUUUCGUUCAUUCAGAUUCCGAAAGCCGAAGGGGAUGCUGGCUUCAUCAAUCCUGCAUUCCUUGUGCAGCCGCUUCCCGUGAGUGACACUUGGAAUUGCGAGGUUUCGCAUGUCAAGUCCAAUCGAGACAAGAAGGUUCAACUCCCCAUCCUCAAGAACACCCUGGACCUGCAGCAGGACGAUGUGCUGUAUAUGCCAAAGGCCGAGAAGACUGUGCACGUCGAGGCCUUGCAGGUUGACACCCCGCCAAGGAAGCGAAUCUGCUCCAAGAAGCCGGGAGAAGAUGAGGAGAUGACCGCACCCACGGUGGUGACAAAACAGAUCGUCACAUACGGGUCAGGGCUCACUUGGAUCCCGGAACAAAAGACGGCCGAGGGAGUCACAUGGUUCAAAGUGAGCAAGUGGGAUCGAGGAUUGUUUCGGUUCGUGUACGGCAAGGGCUUGGAUCUGAGGAAGAAUACGGACAAUCAAAACUUGUCACUCAACACACCUUUCUUCGAGAACAUGUUGGCCCGUCGCCAAGAAGCAUUCAACGAGGCUAUCUCCGAAAGACUCAAGGAUGAAGAGAAUGACGAAGCCCCACAGCCGGAGAAGGCCCAGAAGAAGACCAAGAAAACCAAGGAGUUCAAAGCUACACAGAAGCAUGACAUUUAUGCACCCCACAGCAUUCAGAUUGACUUGCCCGGCGAGGCCGAGGGUGGCAACAAGGUCCAAUGCCGAACUUUGUUCGAGGGGGUGGGCAGUCGGACUAUGUGGCUGGAACUGAAGGACGAUGUCGUGAAGCACAUCCAGACCAGCUUCAAGCAUUCUGAGGCCAAGCCACGAAAGACGAUCAAGCCUAAAAGGGCCAAGGACUCACCGCAAUGGUGGGCCUUUGAUCGGUGCGGGCUCCUGGAGGUGUUGCUGCCGAACGAGGACGCCACAUGGAGCAACAGCUCAGCCAUCCUCGGUUGGCACAAGCAGAAGAAGAAGUGGAGAAUCCUCGACAUGUUAGGCAACCUCCUCUACAAGCACGAGAGCCGCGAGGAGACACCCCCGACCGAAGGUUGGCUGUGCCAAGAUUGGGAGGGCACGUGGUGCCCUGCUGAGCUUGUGCUCCAGGAGAUCGAUGCCCAGGACUACGAGGUGAUGAAGAAGGAAAAGGAGCCGGAUCGGCCAAAGGAAGAAGACGACGAGAUGGAGGAGGUUACAUGUGAGGAGCCCGACAAGAAGGACAGUGCUUGCAAGAAGCCGGCCGAGCCCAAGGAGCCGCCGCCGAAAUCCAAGAAGGCCUCUUGUUUUCUUGAGAUGGGCGGGGGGGGGCCUUGUCAUUGCCUGCUUGCCAGGGCAAAAUGCCAUGGAUCCCACCGCCACCCCCGGCUCCAGCCGCCAAGGAGGGGUCUGCCUGGUCUCCUUGAUGCCUUCAACCCAUCGGCUUCGUCCUCGAGCACACCGCCGCCUCCGCCUUCGGGGGUCGUCCAGAAGGACGGUUCAGGCUGGAGGGUGGGCGGCUUUUAUCAUGAUGGCGACAAGUGGAACCCGCCCGGCACUCAAGGAGGACUGCAUGCAUGUUCAUAA